AAGGGCCCCUGGUUUCCUUGUAUCUAUCUCAUCGUUGAAGAUUAGACAGAUCGGUUAUCUGGUACUGAAUAUUCCCAUUUCUCGACGCCAUGGCUUCUCCCAACACGAUUGUUGUUCUUGGAGCCGGUGUAUCCGGGCUGACGACGGCGUAUCUGCUGUCUCAGGACCCUACGAACCAGAUCACAGUGGUUGCCAAGCAUAUGCCGGGGGACUACGACAUUGAAUAUGCGUCGCCGUGGGCUGGUGCCAACUAUUUCCCAACUGGUGCCCCGGGCAGCGAUCAUGCGGAAUGGGAGCGAGCGACCUGGCCGGCUCUGAGCGAGUUGGCCCAGAACCAGCCGGAAGCAGGCAUUCACUUCCAGCCGUCGAUCGUCUAUAAUCGAGAGAAAGACCAAAACUCAAAUACUGGAAAAUGGUUCGCAGAACUCACGCGGGAAGACCCGUGGUAUAAGGAUGUGGUUCCAGAUUUCCGGAAAAUUCCCUCAAACGAGCUUGCCCCCGGCAUUGACAAUGCGUCCUAUUUCACAUCUGUCUGCAUUAACGUUGCCGUCUACCUUCCCUGGCUGAUCGGCCAGUGUAGGAGGAACGGCGUCGUAUUUAAGCGAGGAGUCUUCAAGCACGUCAGUGAUGCGGCUCACGCACAUCAUUCAGGGAAGAAGGCCGACCUCGUCGUCAAUUGCACGGGUCUGGGAUCGAAAAAGCUCGGCGGGGUGCUCGACGACGCCCUCUACCCGGCACGGGGCCAGGUUGUUGUUGUCCGCAACGAUCCCGGUGCAAUGGUUUCCAUUUCUGGAUCCGAUGAUGGAGCAGAUGAAGUCGUCUACAUGAUGACGAGGGCAGCAGGAGGCGGUACCGUCAUCGGUGGUUCGUACCAGAAAGACAACUGGGAAUCACAACCAGACCCCAACCUGGCUGUCCGCAUUAUGAAGCGCGCGGUUGCGCUGUGGCCCAACCUCGUUGCCGAGGGCCAGGGAAUCGAGGGCCUUGACAUCAUCCGGCACGGAGUCGGCUUGCGGCCUGUGCGCGAGGGAGGUCCGCGUGUCGCCAAAGACGUCGUCGAUGGGGUUCCUGUCGUGCACAACUACGGCCAUGGCGGGUUCGGAUACCAGGCUUCGUACGGCUGUGCGUACACGGCGGUCAAGCUGGCCAAGGAGGCCUUGCAGGAGAGGAACCAAGCGAAACUGUAAUCUCGAUGGUAUAUAUACAUAUAUAUAGUGGUC